UUAGGUCACAGGGUUGUUGUAGUUGCCCUCACUGCUGUAGAGGGGAGGUUGUAGGUACCCUCACUGCUGUAGAGGGGAGGUUGUAGGUGCCCUCACUGCUGUAGAGGGGAGGUUGUAGGUACCCUCACUGCUGUAGAGGGGAGGUUGUAGGUGCCCUCACUGCUGUAGAAGGGAACUUGUGGACACCCUCAUGCCAUUAUUGUAGCGGAGGACAUUCUUCUCACCCCAGCAGGUAUGGAGUUGUCCGAUGUUAUCAAAGUUGCUCGCUGUGAGCGCGUGAUGCUCCACCAGCCUCACUGCCUCAAGGCCGAGGCAACGCUGGCCAUCACAUCACAUCACCUCAUCCUGGCCCCCCUGCACGGGGUCGAACUAUGGGUGCUGCACAGCAAUGUAGACCAUGUAGACAGACGCAGCCAGGGGGCCACAGGCGGCUCUCUGUUCCUGCUCUGCAAAGACCUGCGCCGUCUGCAGCUGGACAUCCUCGGCACCGACCUCUUCACUAAAGUUGCUGACACUCUUGAGGACCUCUCGAGAGUGGACGAACUGCAGCUGCAAUAUCCAUUCUUCUACGAGCCGCUGCCGCCGCCGCUGGAGGACGGUUGGGCGGCCUUCGCUCCUGAGACAGAACUCAACCGCAUGCUCCUACCCGGCGACACCUGGCGCAUAUCUCACCUCAAUGCCGGCUACAAGGUGUGCCGCAGCUACCCGCAGCUGCUGCUGGUGCCGCGCGCCAUGGAGGACGAGGAGCUGGUGGCCGCCGCCCUCCACCGCCAGGACCACCGCCUCCCCGUCAUGGCCUUCCGCCACCUCCCCACGGGGGCAGUGUUAGUGCGGAGCAGUCAGGCCAUCAGCAGCUAUAACAACAGCAGCAGCAGCAGUGCAGCAGCUGCAGCAGCAGCUGUAAAGCGCAGCAAGGAAGACGAGAAGUUGCUGGCAGCCAAGCUGCGUGGGGGAGGUGGGGGAGGAGUACAGGAGGGGGAGCUGCAUUACCCCAACUGGCGACGGGUGCACAAGCCCAUAGACCGCCGCCACACCCUGCUGGAGUCCCUGGCCAAGCUCAUGGAUGGCGUAAACGACACGGGCAGUUCCCAGGACAAGUGGCUGAGCCGCGUCGAGGCGAGCGGCUGGAUGGCCAACAUCCGGGACACUCUGGACUGUGCCUGCCUUGUGGCACAGUGCCUGCAUCAGGAGGGCGCUAGUGUGCUGGUGCACGACACGGUGGGCGUGGACGCCGCCCUGCAGGUGUCAGCGCUGGCGCAGGUCAUCCUCAACCAGGACUGUCGCACCGUCAGGGGAUUCGAGGCACUCAUCGAGCGCGAGUGGGUGCAGGCGGGUCACCCGUUCUCAUCCCGCCACUCACGGUCGUGCUACUCGCCGCCCACUCACCGACACCGACACAACAGCCCCUCCUUCCUGCUGUUCCUCGACGCUGUUCAUCAGAUCCAUGAACAGUUCGCUUGCAGCUUCGAGUUCAACCAGGACUUCCUGGUCCUGUUGUUUGAACAUUCCUACAGCUCACAGUUCGGAACGUUCCUGGGCGACAACGAGUGUGAACGCGCGUCGCUGGGCGUGAAGCAACGUACGACGUCGCUCUGGUCGAAAACAGUGAUCUGGACGAAAGUGUUGCUGCGGUGGGUGCUGGACGUGUCCCCCAUAGAGGCCGCUGAGCGACUGAUGACGUCACUCAGGGAGACGCACACGACGCUGCGUUCUGACGUCAUCAAGUUACGUCGUCAGCUGCAGCUGCUCGAAGAACAGGCGAUCAAGGAAGGAGUGCUGCUGCCUUCAACUGCUGACUAAUAUUGUGCUCUUUACUUAUUGUACGAGCUCAGUAGCCUUGUACUAUGUGGUGUACAAGCUAGGGCAAUAGUGCUAUGUGUUGUACUAGCUAGUACUAUUGUACUAUGUGUUGUACUAGCUAGUGCAAAUGCACUACGUAUUGUAAUAGAUAGUACUAUUGUACAAUAUAUUGUACCGGCUAGCACUACUGUACUAUGUGUUUUACAAGCUAGUGCAAUAGUGCUAUGUAUUGUACUAGCUAGUACUAUUGUACUAUGUGUUGUACCAGCUAGUAUGUUGUACUACGUAUUGUACUUGGUUGUGCAAUUGCACUACGUAUUGUACUAGCUACUACUA